CAGUCCCUCACAGACCACAACCAGUCGUCUCCUGCAGUCUCUUGGACACCUGGCAGCGGAGCUAACAAGACGUCGACUGAGCACCGUACAUGCCAUGACUCCGGCGCGCGGUCCGUCGCACAGGCGGCAUCGCAAGGCGCGUGUCCUGCCCAUCACCGAAGCCAAAGCACCUAAGGCGCCCAGCGAGGCAACGCGCGCUGCAUACGAGGCUAGGAGGCGGUUCAAGGAGGGCGCAGGUCCGGGAGAGGUCGCAGCAACUGACGCCGAUGGCAGCCCUUCUCAACAAAACGGAAUCCGGACCCGGGCCCCCUCCAAGAGCGAGCGCGAGGCUCUUCCGCCCUUCCGCCCAAUCCUAAUGAAGCACAUCCACAUUCCGCGCUCGCUUGAAGCUCUCGCCGAGGCGCGCUCUGCCCUUCUCUCCGCUGAGGUUCUCGGCUUCGACACGGAAAGCAGGCCCCUCUUCAUCAAGGGCCAGCGGGACCACGGAGGCCCUCACCUCGUGCAGCUAGCAACGGUGACGGACGCAUGGCUCCUCAUGAUUCACCACGUCCCGGGAGCGCUCGCGCUCGCGCGUGACGUCAUGACGAAUCCGUCCAUCCUCAAGGUUGGGUUUGGCCUAGUGAACGAUGUCCGAGAGCUGCCUUCCAAACUAGGAGCGCAGUUGGAGAACGUGUGCGACCUCGACAAGCGUUUUGCCAAAUUUGGUUUCCACGGGCAGCUUGGUAUCCGCGGGGCUGUCGCAGUGGUAUACAAGCAGAACUUGCGCAAGGCCAAAAGGCUGACGCUUGCGAACUGGGCGGCUGAAGACUUCACUCCUGCCAUGAUCCAAUACGCUGCCAACGACGCUCAUGUCCCCGCCCUGCUGUGGGCUGAGAUGGCUCGGUGGACGGAGGGAGAGGUUGAUACGCGCAAGUGGUUCGAGGCGGGGUUGUUGCAACUCCGGCGAGACCGUCAAGGGAACAGGACAUCCAAGUUCGGUCUGCGCUCCGGGACAGACCAGGCCCGCGAGACCUCUACGCAAUCCAUAUCGUCUGGGCCUGAAUCGAAAGGCGGUGCUGUUCAGUCAACUCCGGCACCACCUAUGCGAGGUAGUCUUUUGUCCAGGAUGACGGACCCUCCUCGAUGACCCGGCGCAGUGACGAUAUUUCAGUGACGAUAUACUGCGGCAGUCUGUCGGCGGGCUCAGUCAUGGCGGCUUCGUUCCACUGAGGAGCAUCUAUUCAAGUCUGCUUACAUGUAGCCCGAAGUGUUGACCUCGCCGCGACCAUCAUCUUUACCAGAGAGAAAUG